ACGAAACAUGACCAGCUUUUUAUUUUGAAUUCUUUUGAGGGAUUUCGGGUGUUUCCGAUAAUUUACUGGCCGCGAUGAGUACGUCCGAGAAGAGCUGGCUAAAAGCCGUUAAAAAGGAAGUACGUGUUAAGUUGUCUGAAAUUCGCCAAUGUCGUCUGUGCUUGCGGAUCGUUCCAAAGGAAGCGGCUCGUUGUACCCGUUCCAAUGGGGACAUCCGACGUAAAAUAUUUGAUGCCGUUCAGGUGAAGAUUACUGCGUACGAUCAAAGUUCGGUAGUUUGUGUGAAUUGUGUAAGGCUAGUAGAUAUAAUCUACAAUUUUCGGAUGGCGUGUCACAAAUCGAAUACCAUAUUUACCAAUAAGCCGUUAAUGAUGGACGUAGGCAGUUGGAACAGUGAGGAGAAUCAGGAAUCGCUAGAAAAUUGCCAGGAGAUGGUUCAGUUGCACCGACGGGAAAUCGAUGGACUGUAUGAUUAUUCUAAACUGGCCGAAGAUGAAGUUGACUUACCGCCUGCGAAAGUAGUGAAGACUGAAGAACAAAAUUUGAUAUUCCAGCUUGAAGAUAGUUCAGACCUAAAGGCCAGCGAAAUUAUCGAUAGCGAUCCGGAAAUGACCAAAGCUGUAGCAGAGCAAUUAGAUGCUCCAAUAGAAAGGAAAAAUAAGAACGGAAGCAUACCAUCACGUAAGUAUAUUUGCGAAAUAUGUGGAGAACUGGUGGAUAAAUCGCAGAAGGAAUACCACCAAAACAGACACGCGGGAAUAAAAGAUUAUCACUGCUCGGAACAAAACUGUUCUAUGGCGUUCUAUUCAGAGGGUGCACUUAUCCAGCACGAGAAAAAAACACAUGUGAAAUCACGUUACACUUGUGAUGUUUGUCAGAAAAAAAUCAAAACUCUUUACCAUUUCCGCAAACAUCUGUUGAUUCACGAAAAUGCUGAACCAUAUAAGUUGCCAUGUCCGAUUUGCGGAAAAAAGAUCUCUCGGUCGUAUUUGAAAGACCACCAAGCAGUACACACUGGAGCGUUAAAUUACGCUUGCGAGAAAUGCGGUAAACUAUUUGGUGCAAAAACUAAUUACACAACUCAUGUGAAAAGGUGCCGCGAUCUCUAAAUAAUUCGGUGGAAUGCUUGGAGGAUUAUGUCAAGGUAUAAAAAUAUCUUAAUAAUGCCAAUCAAUCCGAAGUUUUUCCCCGAAAUCCCAAAUACUUGCAACUACGAUAUGAAAUGUUUGUAGGGAAAGGACAAACUUCCUAAAAUGGGCUGUUUCUUAAAGAAAUAAAGCAUUUGAAUUACUUAUUCCGAAUAGUUGUAUUGAACCUGGAUUGAAGCUUAAUUAACUUAGAAUGGCCUUAACGUAACUCUAUUAGAUUCAGCCUUAACAUUAGUCGGUUCAGUUGGCAGCGCCGUUCACUCUAAGAACGGUGAUACCUUCUUCUGUGUUUCAAUAGAUAGGCGUUUGCUCCGAAGCGUUGUCCGCAAUCAGUGCAUUCAAAAUGCAUCUGUCCGGAAUGCACCGACAUAUGGUCCUUCAUAUAUGAUCUG